ACCGGAAGUGACGCGCGUCGCUUCGUUACGUUUACAUUCUGUUCUCGAUCGCGUUCAUUGUGCGGAGCCAUUACCCUCGUCCGCGCUUAGGAUCGUGCCAUAUUCCCACUCGCGCCCUCACAUUAACAACAUUCUCGUAGUUUUAAGUGAAAUAUUAUGAGAGUGAAGACCGAAAUGGACGACGACGAAAAGGGUAAAUUAUUCGUCGGUGGGUUAUCAUGGGAGACGACGCAAGAAAAUCUCCAACGUUACUUCGGCCGCUAUGGCGAAGUUAUCGAUUGCGUUGUUAUGAAAAACAGCGAAUCUGGGCGCAGUCGUGGAUUUGGCUUUGUAACAUUUAGCGAUCCCGCUAAUGUUUCGUUGGUCCUGCAAAAUGGUCCUCAUCAACUUGAUGGACGUACAAUUGAUCCGAAACCAUGCAACCCACGCACUCUCCAGAAACCAAAGCGUAGCGGUGGUUUCCCAAAAGUUUUUCUAGGUGGCUUGCCAAGUAACGUGACCGAAACUGAUUUACGAUCCUACUUUACUCGCUUUGGCAAGGUGAUGGAAGUAGUUAUUAUGUAUGAUCAAGAAAAGAAGAAAUCUAGAGGGUUUGGCUUUCUCAGCUUUGAGGACGAAGAAGCAGUGGACCGAUGUGUUGCCGAGCAUUUUGUCAACUUAAAUGGAAAGCAGGUUGAGAUUAAACGUGCCGAACCACGGGACUCAUCCAGCAAGAUGAACGAUAGUCAUCAAGGUCAGUGGGGUCCACCUCAACAGGGUGGUCCGCCUAUGGGGAUGGCUGGGAAUAUGGGGCCUAUGGGUGGACCGAACGGACAAAUGGGAGGACCUAUGAUGGGAGGACCUAUGGGCCCACCUGGCAAUAUGAUGCAACAAUAUCAAGGUUGGGGUACCAGUCCACAAACGGGUGGAUACGCUGGAUACAGCACUCAGUACAAUGCUCAGGGUUGGGGUGCACCUCCAGGACCACCUCAACAGCAGCAGAUUCCACCGCCACCCCCUCAUCAGUGGGGUAGCAGUUACAAUGUCCAGCCUGCUGCAGCUACUCAAGGAUACGGAAGCUACGGUGGGCCGGCGGCGGCCGCUUCAGGGGGCUACGGGCCCACGGCGGGUACUGGCGGGGCUGCGGGGGGCGGGCCCGGGGGUUCCUGGAGCUCCUGGAAUAUGCCACAGAAUGGACCUCCUCCUGGGACCCAGCCCCCACCCCAGCCCCCUCAGCCCAACUCCUCGCAGCCCAACUCCAACUCGAACCCCUCUGGCCCGCAGGGUGAUAUGUAUUCACGGCAAAAUACUGGCUCGGGUGCACCUGGAUCCAGCAGUAGUUCGGCAAAAACUCCGGAUUACACUGGAUACUCUGCAUAUAGCAAUUACGCGGAUACCACUUACCCUCAACGUUCGUAUCAGGGAGGAGAAAGCAACCAAGGAAGUUUAUUUACACGUCCUGUACAUAAUACUGACUGGAUGACGCGAGGAUUGUGGACUUGAGGUAAAACAGAACGACAGAUACUGCCAUUUAAUGGACUAAAAAUAAAAAGAAUGCGUUUCGAUUAUUGGAUAUUUAUUCGCGAUAUUCUAUUUUUCUUUUUUUCUAUGAUCUACGUAUUCGCUUCUUACUGUAUAGUCUUGCCGAUUACAAUAAGGAAAUCCGCAAUGUUUAUUAAACAAAAGUUUUUUCAAAAUUACGCAACGUAUCGUCAGCUACAGUUUUAUUAAUAAAAACAUUCACUCUAAAACAGACAUUUUCAGAAAAGAUAUUAUAGGAUUGUGCAUUUUUUUAUAAUCGACAAUCUUUGAAGUAUAUUCGAAAAAAUUUAGGAAAAAAUUUAUUAGUUUAAUAUAAAAUUAAAUUUCAACUUAUUAAGUUAAAAUGGACAAAAAACUUUCUCUUCUAUGAUUUCAGCAAUAUAUUAAAAUCAUCUAAAAUAUAGAAGCUUUUGGCUCUGUAUUUAUUCUAUUUAUGCAGUCAUUUUAUCAUUAUUUCGUGACUUCUCUUACGAAAUCGUGUACAGCAAAGAUAAAUAUAAGAUAAAUAUACAACAAAAAACACGCUAAAAGUUUAGUUUCUUGUAUUUAGCAAAAUUGCGUUACUGGUUUAAAGAAUAAGUGUGUGUAGCUUAAACGUGAAGAUAUACACGCAUGCAUGAUUGUAAAGAUUAUUUGACAUUAAGAACGAAUAUAUAAUGAAUCGUUCGAAACUGGUUUAUGUUUUGAAAUGCAACUACAUUUUGUACUUGUUGCGAUAGAUUUAAAAAGAUAUCGAGAGAAUUGUAAUUAUUUAUUGAUCGACAACGAAGGAAUCACCUAUCAACGCAUAUUAGAGUAUGAUAACGUGAUAUUUGUAAUAUUAAUAUUAGAAUAUUAAUAUUAUGUAAGCAUAUUAAUAUUAUACGGUAACAAUAUAAAAAUUAUAAUAUUAAUAUUAGUAAUUAAAAUUAUGAUUCACAAAUUGUAGAAUACAAUCUGUUAUAAUAAUAAUUGCUGUUGAUAGCAAACUUUCCAUUU